UUCCGCGUUCAAAUGGCGCGUGCGCCCUGGCCCGAAGGGCGGCUCCUCCUUGGUCUCGGGAUUUGUCACUCAGCGAAGAGCCCAAUCAGAGGAGCUUGUUCGCCGAGACGACCAAUAGGCGGAGAGAGAGGUAGGGUGAGUUCCCCAGCCCCGCCUCCCACCGGGAGAGGAGACCCGGACGCGGGGAGCGAGGCCGCCGGGCGAGGAGAGAUGGCGGCGCAGCCGGAGCCUUCCCCGCUGACCGGGGUGGCCUGGGCCGCCAGUGCCAGCGCGGCGCCCGCCGGCUGGACGCCGAUCACCUCGACCCUGGAGGGAGCCACAGCCAACUUCGGGAAAGGAUUUGGGCAGAAAUCGGGCUACGUCUUGUGCAUCACCUCCGCUGCGGCCAGUGAAACCUCCCCAGGCAGGGUAGCCGAUGUACUGAUCCUGAGUGAAAAAACGCCUCGCCUACAGGAUACUUACAUUAGGGAGUUCUUAGAGCAAGUGAAAACGUCCAUUUCCAAGAAGAAACGAAUCUGUGUGAAGCUUGUCCCAUUAGGUGCGGCAGAACUAGUUGUUUUUGACAUUAUGCUGAGUGGCAAGAGUAAAGUGGUCCCAUGUUAUAUGAAGAUAGGGGAAAUUAGCAGCUUUGCUGUUUGGUGUAAAAAGGGGCAACUUCUCAAACCUAAACCCUUUCCAAAACCAAGGAACAUCAGUCAGGCAAUGAAGGGGCUUUCACUGGAGACCACAGACCUGGAUAACCAAAAGACAGAAUUUUCAUCAGAAAAGUCUUUGACUAGAAUUAACUCAAAACAUGUAUCCAUGAAGCGAGGCGAUUCCAUUUAUGGUAUAUCUAACCUCUAUGGCGUCUCAGCCAUGGAUGGGGUACCUUUUGCACUACACCCCAAAUUUGAAAGCAGCAUCACUACUGGAACUAAUGCCUUAUCCAUCUUCACGAACUUGAAUAUUAAGUCUCUUGCUGACAUUGAGAAGGAGUAUGACUAUGCCUUUGUAGUUGAAAGGACUGCGGCUGCCAGACUCCCACCCAGCAUCUGUUAGCAGCAAGCAGCACAGAGUGCUACCAAAGCAUGGGGUACAUGUCCCUUCUAGCAGAUAAAGUUAGCCUCAAUGGAAUGAUUUAGUAGGAAGAAUAUAUCUGUUGCCACAGGUGUAUAAACUGCACAACCAGAUGCGAUGGACUCAAUUCUCCGAAGGACACUCUUGUAAAGAACUGAAUGAAGUCUUUCUGCCUUCUAAUUUUGUAAUAUUUAAAUCUGUAAUCCACUUGGAAACUAGAGAGCACCCUCAACUUUUGAAAGCUUACUAGCCAAGUCAAAUAAGUGCAUUUAUACUUGCAGCCUAGGGCUAUGUCUACACUGCAAUAAAAGACGCAGGCAUGGCCACAGUGAAGAGGCUUGGGCUGGACCCUGGGCUCUGAGACCCCCCCCAAGUCAUGAGGUUGCAGAGCCAGGGCUCCAGUCCAAACCCAAAUAUCCGCACUGCAAUUUUUAAACCAGCCAGUCAGCUGACCCUGGGACUAAAACUCGCUGCUGUUUGUAUUUUACUGUGGUGUCCACUAUGCCACUGUCACCUGCAUUUAGCUCUGCAUGGAAGCUAAAUUUUCAAGGGUUUACCAUAGGGUUUACUUUCGUGUAGCAGACAGCAAGACACUAAUAUUUUGAUCAGUCUGUGUUUAAUGAACAUUGGGUACUGAACAUUUUUUUCUUAGCUCUCUUACUAAAACUCUUUUAUUCUGGAUGUUGCCCCUGGGAAGGUAACUUUGUUUUUAUUUUUGAGGAUACAGCAGAAAUACUAAGCAAACUACAGGCUAAAGAGGCUGCUGCUAUUGUCAUACUAAUUAAAACAAGCCUUUGUUCAAGCCCUCCUUGCAUAUUUAAGUGAAUCUAGCUACUCUUCCUGCCUUGUUUCUUUCAUAAUUGAGGGACUCUAAUUUUGUGUCUGAACUUCAGAACUCAUGUAGAGGGAAUAGCUGUUAGUUACUCAAAAGGUCGAGCUCUUACACUACUAGCCCC